CUCUCUCUCUCUCUCUUCAUUGCUUUGGGGUUCCUUUCUUCCUCUGUGCUUUUUAACCAUUUUUUCACAUCUUUUCUUUUGUUUUUGUAAAUAUUUGCUUACCCAUUCAAACCCACACUAUUCCAAACAACCACCAUUAUCCUAACUCCUACACAAACUUUAAAAGUGAAUCUGAGGGACAGAAAGAAGAGACAAAGGAGAAGAGAAGAGGACGUGAGUCAUUCCCUUGACUUUCGAGUUUAAAUUUUGUAAUCUUAUCCAAAGCAACACACUUCCUCUGGUGGUUUGCCUUCUUAAUUUAGUCCAUUCUGUUUCCAUCUCUUUCACAGACAGUCCAGAAGCCAUGCAUUCCCGUAGCAACAGUCUGGAGAAUAUUUCAGAGGUGAAAUCAUCUCAGGUGCAAGCUCAGGCACAGCAAAACGAAUCAAAGUAUAAUGAGCCCUCAACAAGCUUUCAAGGUUCUAGGCGAUCUCGUCACAGUGUAUUCCCGGACAACAUGAGUACAGUACAUCGAAAGAACAAGAGUACUUACUGCAGCCAGGCACACAACAUAAACAAUGAGCUGACAGAACAGACAUCUUUUGGGAACAACAGGGAUCUCUCCCAUGAUGAUCUCCUUCUUCUGCUGAGUAUCCUGGAGGGAGAGCUACAGGCCAGAGAUGAGGUGAUAACAGUGCUGAGGGCAAAAAAGACAGACUUAACAUUACUGGAGGCCCACUAUGGCUUUGUGACGCCUCCCAAAGUCCUUCAGGCCCUUCAGCGAGACACCAUAUUAGGUAAAGGUCAUGUCUGGCAGGAAGACAUCUAUGAGAAGCCAAUUGCAGAGUUGGACAAGCUUGUGGAGAAACAGAAAGAAACAUACAGACGUAUGCUGGAACAGCUGCUGCUAGUAGAACAGGCACACAAACAGACACUCGACAGACUGGAGGAUGAGAAGCACAAUCACCGCGAGUACAUGAAAAAAAGCGAUGACCUCACUAACCUUUUGGAGCAGGAAAGAGAAAGAUUGAAACUGCUCAAUGAUCAAGAAAAGUCUUUCCAAGAACAAAAAGAGGAAGAGAAUAACACGAAGAUCACCAAUCUUAAAGAAGAAUUGACAAAACUGAAAUCAUUUGCCCUCCUGGUUAUUGAUGAACAGCAGCAUGUUUCAGAACAGCUAGCUCAGCAAACUGCAAAGGUUCAGGCACUCCAUGCUGCUGCCAGAGAGUCCGAAGAAGAGCUGAACUCUGUGCAGUCCAGGGCUCAAAAAAUGGAAAGCAAAGUGCUGCACUUGGAGGCAGAAUUACAUGGACAGGCUGUACAGUUCCACAAAGAGCAGGAGGUCUUGAGCACCAAACUAGCUGAUGAGAAUAGACAAAACAGGCAUCUGCUUCAGACAUUGUCUGCACUUUCCAAAGAAAAAGAUGAGCUUGAAAAGUCAAACAAGGCUUUUCACAGGGUGGAGGAGGAACUGCAGCAGCUUAGGGACAAAAACAGCAAAGGGGAGAUAGGAAACUCUAGCCUUGUGUCAGAAUUGGAAGAGUUGAGAAAAAGAGUGGUUGAUAUGGAAGAAAAAGAUGAGGAAUUGAUCAAGAUGGAUAAUUUGUGUUGGGACCUCAAUAGGAAGCUCGAGAAGGAGUCACUUCAAAAUCAAAGCCUGAAAGCAGAGGUGGACAAGUUAAAUAACAAAAUUGCAGAGGUUGAAAAACUAGAAGAUGCCUUUGAAAAAAGCAAGCAGGAAAUUAGCUCACUUAAAUGCAAUCUAGAAAAGGAAAGGGCAGUAACUAACUAUAUGUGUAAUGAACUAGACAAUUUGAGGAUAAGAAUCAAGGAACUUGAAGCUGCUGAAUGUCUUUUAGAGAAAACAGAGUGGACACUAAAAGAAGAUCUUACAAAAUUGAAAACACUAACAGUAAUGCUUAUUGACGAAAGGAAAAACAUGGCAGAGAAGCUAAAGCAACUUGAAAAUAAGUUUCAAGAUAGUACUGAUAAACUUCAGGAAGAAAAAGACAAAGUCACAUUAGUGACAGAGAAGCUGAUUGAAGAAAGUAAGAAUGCUUUAAAGAUUAAGGUGGAAAUGGAGGAAAAAAUCUGCAUCACCAACAAGGAACGAGAUGAUAUUAAGGUCAAACUAAAAACUGAGGAAGAAAAAAGCAAUGCCCUUCAGUUUAAAGUAAACUUGAUGAAGAAAAGGCUUCAGUCCCUGGAGGCUGUUGAAAGGGAGUUUUUUAGGAACAAAACAACAAAAGAAGAGAACAUAACGGGACCCAUCCAAAAUGGUUUCCAACAUGAAGACAACAAAAUGAAAGAUUUAACACAGGAAGAAGAAUGGCUCAGGAGGAAACUGAGGGAUAAUAUGCUAGAAGAAAAUCUUCUGAAGACACAAACUGAGGGUGAAUCAUUGGAUAAGAGAUACUGUACUGAAAAGGCCCUAAUGGAAGAAUUAGCGAUUGCAAGAAAGGAGCUUUAUAAAUACCAUCUUAUUGAAAAGGAAAAUUUCAACCAAGAACACAUUCUGUACAAGCAGCUGAAAGAAGAAGAGACUAAGUCCAGUCAUCUGACCAAAGAGGUGGAAGCAUUGAAGGAAAAGAUACACAGUUACAUGGGAACAGAAGGGUCCAUCUGCAACAUGAAAUCAGAAUAUGCAUCUUUGCAGAGAAAGCUUACCCAGCAAGAAAUCAGAAACAAGGAACUUGUCAGAGAGAAGGAGAGCUUAACAAGUGAGCUGGAGAGAUAUCGUCACUUUAGCAAGAGCCUCCGUCCAGGCAUGAUUGGGAGACGGUUUUCAGACCUGCAAGUCUCUACAAAAGAGGUUCAGACUGAACCAACAAAUACUCCUACACCUACUUAUAGAAACCUUAGUCUUCUAGAGCAAGCUGUGGUGGAUGAGAACAUGCAUAAAGAGAGUAAUCAACAGUAUGAACCAAAUUAUAAUAAAAUAAAUCCAGCUAUAUGUGGUACCUCACUGAAAAACAGUAAUAACUACCAGAAUAACACAAAACAAAUUAAAAAUCCACUUUUAAAGAGUGUAGAGAAACAGCAGCUAAUUAGGAGCAAAAUCCAAAACACACUAAAUGGAUCUCACACUCAACAAGUGGUCACCCAUAACUUGAGCCAAUAUCAAAACAUCAAGAUGACACCAGACCACAGUCAUAAGACAGCUACCUGUAAGACUACAAAUACCACUAUAGCAAAUGUCCCAAACAGCAGGAAACAACAAAUUAGCAUUGUCCAGAAAGCACCAAUCUCACCAGAGAAUAAUAAGUGUCAUCCUUUCAUUGAAACAUUGUCCACAUCUGAACAAUCAAUAACACCUCAUAAUAUAACAAUUUAUUCACAAACAGGGAUUUCUGAAUUCACAAGUUUAUUGACACCAGACAGUGCAAUGUUACCUACUGAGAUAACUGCAAUCACAACAGGAGCUUCUGAUAGAUCACAGGAGACAGAUAUCAAAGCAGGUCACACAAUGUUCUGUGAAACACCACAAAAGCAAAAUAACUGGCAUACACAUAGAUAUAAUAGCUCAAGAACAAGUGUCAUCAAAGAUGAAGACAACAAAUUACACAUUCACUUAGGCAUCCCUUACCUCCAGACAAUCAAUAGCAACACAGAACCACCUUGCUCUUCUUCUGGACAGGAGCAAAGAUCCUCAGUAAUAACCAGCGGUAUCCCUGCCAAAGUUAAUAGCAAAAUUGCAAAUACCAUCAGGAUAAAGCCUGCCUCCUCUCCAAUCCCACAGCCAUCACAAAUUGCAGUACCUGUGGAAGCAUUCAUGCAGUCUGGUCCCACUAGGAUACCUAAACCUAAAGCCUACAGUACACCAACAGGAACAAAUUCAAGGAUUGCACUUACACAAAGCAGAGGAACUGCCCAGGCCCUGCCUAAAGGAGGAAAAACAUAUACAGUGAUCUGAAUACAGAGGAACUAUUUACAAGUCAUAAUGAAUAAGAUUUCACCACUGCAAAAAAAGAACAUACAUUUUCAGAAUUACUAGCAAACAAUUAAGAGAAAAUACAGUAGUUUUCUUAAUUUUAUUGAAUCAGACUUACUUACCUAGAUUAUCAGAGAUCCAUUAUAUUUUUAGAAAGACUUGACAACAUUUGUUUCUACAGUAUACAAUGUUUGUACUAAUUUUCUGUUUUUGUAUUGUAAGGCAACAUUUUAUCCAGUAAGAGAUCACUUGUUCUACUACUGUGCAAAACUGAAACUACACAAUAACCAUUCUGUAUUGUGCUGUUACUAAUACCAAGUUUAUGUAUUUUAAAAUACUGCUGUGAAUUUUCUUGAAUUUAGUGUAGUCUUGAGCUCUUUGGACCUCACCAUGGUGAUAACUCUCCACCAAUUAAGAACAAACCAAACUAAAUAUCUGAUGUUUAAAAAAGACAAGUGUUCUUCAACAUGCUCUGUAACAAUAUUCAAUAAUUUGCACCUGAUGUGAUACACCUGUGGGUCAUUUUAUUCAUAAAUGUGGGGGUGUCCUUACUUUUUCUUCACAAGAAAUUAGAUUUUUUUUAUUACAUUUUACAGAUAAUUUAAAAAAGACAUUUAGUUUUAAAAAUUGAAUCUUCAAAUAUUGUUAAAUGCCCACAUAUUUAUUUAAAAAAAAAUAACACAGGCUUUCAUAGAGUGUUUCUUUUUUUUCACAUGACUAUCUUUCAAGUUUUGUGAGAUUCUAUGCAAAAAUUCAUGAGUUACAGAUUUUUGGAUAAAUUGUUAACAAUUAACUUGAUCGUGUGGUGGACAUAUUGUUGCCACAUGUUUUGAUAAUUAUUGAGUUUCACGCUAUACAGAGUAAUUUGACCACAAGAUUGUGAAAAUAAUGUAAAGGAAUUUAAUUAAAGCAUUUAAUUAUUUAUUUCUUAUAUAAUUUAGAUGUUAUAUGAAUGAAAAUUACUUAUGAAUAUAGAUUCUUUUUUGCUAAUCAGUUGUAAAGAGUGAUUGUAUGAGUUGAUAUUAUUUCUGGCAGCUCAAACCAAUCUGGUCAUUUUUCUCAGACUUUUCUUAUCAAGGUGUUUCUGCCAACAGAGCUUUUGCUAACUCAAUGCUUUUUGUUUUUCCAAACUAUUAUGUGUAAGUUAGAUACUGUUAUGUAUCUAGUUUAGAUAUAGAUAUUGUUAUGUAUGAAAAUCUAAGAAGAGCACAGCCCAUCUGGUACCAAUAUCCAUGCCACAAUCAAAGUCACAGAGAUCACACAUUUUCUUGACCUGUAUAAAACUAGAAUUUAACAUAUUAUUUGUGAUUUAUUUAAUGUUAUGUUGCAUGCUGUAUGGCUUACUGUACAUGUAUGUGUAUAGAUACUUUCGUCAGAUUGUAAGCAGCUCAUAUGAUUAUGCAAAUCAUGUCUCUUUCUAAUCAUGUUAGAAAUCUCUUUUUGUUUACAAACACACUUGUGAUCUCAAAACUGGCAGAAAAUUAGGGAUUUCCAUGAGUAGUGUAGGCAGUUCUUCAAAGAGUACAAAUUUAAAAGCCAUAUUACUGAGUCUUUCAUCAAAAAGAUGAUAAAGUAAACUGUGAUGCUUUAUUUAGUAAAAAAACAGAACAAAGAAGCACUGGUGCCUGGAACUAAAGGAGGUGAAAUGAGGUACAGUAGGAGAAGAUGCUAAUGUGUGUUAGAAAACAGUUCUCUUCACCCAUGUAACUAUUAGUAUGAUGAUUAGUAAGGUUGCUAACAGAAGGUUCACAGUCAUGUAACAUUGCUAGCAAACAUUAUGGUAGAUAUUUGUCCUUUCUAAAAGUACUGGAACAACAAAGCCAUAUUUCUUCUAUAACAAAUAUGCUUUUAGUUUGAGAUAAAAUCUGAAUUUCAGCUGUUGUGUUGGCACUGUGUUUUGGGCCAUUGUCUUGCUGCAUGAUAAACAUCCUCCCAAUUAGAUUAGAUGCAUCUCUCUGUAAGACUGAAGACUUCAGAAUCAUUCUGUUGAGUUCCAACAUCAAUAAAUUUUAGUGAGCUCAUUACAGAAGAUGACACACAAGCUUUUGGUUUGGAUAACCUUUGUGGCUAUUCUCUGCAUUUCUUAGGAAAUUCUAAUUUGGCCUUCUGAUUCUUACUGCUGAUAAGUGGCUUGCAUUUUGUUUUGUUUAUAUUUCUGUCCUCAACUUCUGUAGUUGGUGAAUUGUAAUACCUUUACUCUGUAAUA